AUGGACGCCAAGCGCUUCACAGGACGACGGCAAGAGUUCCCAGGGACUGUGCCACCCAUCGCGAUUGCCGUGGAAGAUUUUGCCGCAGAGCGAGCUGAUGGUGCACAAGACCUGUUCGAGGCUUUGGGCCAAGUGGAAGUCGUGCCUCGGCAUUUGAGGCGCCGUGCCAGAAGUUGGCGACCAGUUGGGUUAUCGCGAUGCCGUCCACCUGUUGUAGCAGACGCGAAAGUUGUCCGAUGCAAGAGGCGAAGGUACAGAAGAAUCGCCGUUGAUAAUUCUCGUGGUGAUGUUUGUGCUGCCGCUGUUAUUGCGUCAGAGAAAAUUCCCAGCACAGGCGCUGUUCAUGUGCGAGUGCGCAAACACUGGCGACGCCCUGCACUUCUGCUGCGGGCCCACACCUCUUUGACGCCCGUCCUGGGGGGCAACAUCACCAAGUAUCUAGGAACCCAUGUGUGGCAUGCCAAGCGUACACAUAUGGAAAACUUGUGGAAUUAUCGGCUGGCAGGACGAAACUGCGGUCUCGGAACCCGUGCUCUUUACAGAGCCACGUCGCGGUAUUGCACCAUGCACGACCGUAGCUAUAUGCAAGCUUUUGAAAUCUUCGGGUCUGACACGGCCAUCCUGCAAGUGCUGAAUUAUUGUGGUGUCGCGAAGCAGAGAUUAAUGUCGGCUGAGGCGCGCUCUGGCACUCGUCGGGUUCGCGUAUUGCUUUAUGCUUGUGAUGAAAACCGCUUGAUGGCUCCUGCUUUGAUUUUGUGGAGCCCUGCCCUUUGCACAAGAGCAAAACCAGAGGAGCAGAUUGACGAGCCAAGCAGCGAAGAAGAGACGUUGCCUUUCGUAGUGGAUGUUGGGCAUGACAUUGUGAUUGAAGAGGAUGUUCAGAUGUCGAGCGGCAAGCUGCAUGAAGCACCAACGAUUGAGAAAGGUUGGAAGUUGUGGAUAUGGGUCCACCCUGCCGCAGCCGAAGAGGUCUUUGUCAACCUGGUGUCUGCAGCUGAGCAGGUCGCCAGUGUGGGCAGUGACACCCGGCCACAUGUGGCAGCCGUUCCCCGCUUGGGGUUUUUGGAGUUGUCCGGGCCGAAGGCAGUGGAGGUGCUCUCGCGAGUAGUGCCCCCAGAGGCUUGCCACACGUCCGCGGCAGCGGAGCUGUGGCAAAAGGUCGUGGCAGCAUGUGACAGCACUCGCCUGAUUCCUCCUGAUGGAGCUGUUCUGGCUUUGGAAAUGGAGGAGUCCGCAUUGCCAAAACGUGGUGGUAAUGCAGGUGCAGUGAGGGUUUCCGGAGCUGCAGGCACUCGAAGCAGGGAUUGGUUGACCCAUUGGCCCGCGGACUCACAAUAUAGCAGUUUGUGGGAUGCACCAAGCUCCAAAGAGGAUGGCGGUAAUGGCAGCCAACUCGGCCUCUUGUUGAUCUUCAGGGCUGGCGGCAAAAUGGCUGAUUGCGCUGCUGGUGUGGACGUGAUCCUUGAAACAGGUGCUUUUCAGAGACUGUGGUUGCGCUGCUACUUUGCUGGCUGCCGGGCAUUGGGUGUGCGUGAUCGCCACGAGCUUCUGUCCGAUGCCGCUUUGCCAGAAUUUCCGUUUGAUUUUCCAGACACACCAGCUGGCCAGCAGCAAGCAGACCAAGAGGCUGCGGAGUCUAUUUGUCGUUUUAAGCGCCGACCCCCCGCGAAGCGUCCUAACUUUGAAUUGCUCGGCGUCCGGGCUCCUCACCAACCUGAUUGGGGGGCUUUGCACAAUGCCAUGGACCUUCAUCAGAGGCCCCAAUUGUGCCGGAUGAGCCAGCUUUCGUUGCUUUCCCGGCCGCGAAGCACGUUCUCCCGUUCAGGCCUGCUCCCAGUGACCCUUCGCAGUGCUGGCCGAGGAACUCCUCGAGGCAGGUGUCAUCUCUACCGACCGUCCUUGAUGGAUUUGGAGCAAAUCAAAGCAUCAGGCUUUGUCGGCACAACCGACAGGCCCAACCGAAGCCUCUCUGUUUCCAGAACCCAGCCACCUUUGCUUGGUCCUCCAGAAGCCCUUCGCUUGGAGGAGCCUCGCCACACCAUGCACCGCUUGAGACGACAGCGUGCCCAAGAGACGGAACAGGAGGCUAAGAAAAUGCCAGAGGUCUCGGCUAUUCGGCCUCUGGUGGGGUUUGUGACGUCUGGUAGUUUCUCGUAUCGACAUGGAUGUGGUGCAGGUGUUGGCGCCGUUGUAGCAUCUGAUCUGGGAGAUCUGGCGCAGCAUGCAGCACAGCAUGCAGGCAUGUCAGAUGGGCGUAUGCCUCAAUGGAUUUGGCUUUGGGCAAGGAAUACCACAUCCCUGGUCUACUUCCCUGUCUGGGCGCAGUGCCUCCCUGAUGAUCAGGGCUUCGGAUGA